AAACCUACAUUUAUUUUCCUCUUGGUUGUGUUCUUUGUUCUUCAAUUUACACACAAUAUUGUCUUAUAAUUAACUUCAUCAUUAAUAUUUAUAUUUAUAUAGUAAUGUUUAUUAUGAGUUUAAGUUUGGUGAAGCUUAAGAGCAAGUUUACUAGUUGAAAAGAACAUCAAGAAAAGGUCCUAGUGAAGAGAGAGUCAUAGAAUGGGAGUAACAGAAUCAGAGAUGGUGUCACAAGGUGAAGUUCAAUCACCAUUGCAACAAGACCAAAACCAGCACAAGAAUCAACUGUUUUCGUCGCUUGGUAGACAAGCGUCGAUCUACUCCCUCACACUCGACGAGUUCCAACACACCCUUUGUGAGAGUGGGAAGAAUUUCGGGUCGAUGAACAUGGAUGAGUUCCUUAAUAGCAUUUGGACUGCCGAAGAAAACCAAGCGCAUGCCCAUGUGCACGCGCAUGCGCAUGGGCACGAGCAUUCUCAUGCUCAGCCUCACAGCCAGAGUGUAAGUGCCGGGGAAGCCACCAGCGCGGCGCCACAUUUUGCGUUGGGACAAGGCAAUGUUUCGAUGGAUAAGGGUAUUGUCAAGCAGCAGAGCUUGCCGAGACAGGGAUCACUUUCUCUUCCUGAACCGUUGUGUCGUAAAACUGUGGAUGAAGUUUGGUCAGAAAUUCAUAAGAACCAACAACAGCAGCAACAGAACAACGGAGGCAGUGUACCGAACACUAGUAACAGUAGUUCCACUCAACGACAGGCUACGUUUGGUGAAAUGACGCUCGAGGAUUUCUUGGUUAAAGCAGGGGUCGUACGCGAACAGGGCAAUGCUGCAGCCCCUGUACCUACUCAGCAGCAGUCAUAUACGAUGUAUCAAAACAGUACAGCUCCCACUAUGGGUGCAAUGGCUCGGCCUGUUAUCGGCCUUAGUGGAGUUACGGCUGGUGUUGGAGUUGGCGUUGGCAUUCCUGGUUAUCCGCAGCUUCCACAAAGCGGGGUGGUUGAAGCGCCUCUAUACCCGAUCAGCAUGAAAAGGGGCAGCGGAUUCCCGCAACAGCCAACGCCAGUUUACGGUGGGAGAAUAGGAAAUGGUAGUGGGGUCGGGUACGGACAAGUGCAAGGCGUAGCUGGAAUGGGGUCGCCGCUUAGUCCGGUGUCCUCAGACGGACUAUGCGUGAAUCAACUCGAUAGCGGGGGCCAAUACGGGUUGGAAAUGGGAAUGAGGGGCGGGCGAAAACGCGUACUAGACGGUCCAGUAGAGAAAGUUGUUGAAAGAAGGCAAAGGAGAAUGAUCAAGAACAGAGAAUCAGCUGCAAGAUCAAGAGCAAGGAAACAGGCUUACACUGUAGAACUCGAGGCCGAAUUGAACCAGCUAAAAGAAGAAAAUGCACAUCUAAAACAGGCCCUGGCGGAUCUCGAGAGGAAAAGAAAACAACAGUAUUUCGAUGAAGUGAAAAUGAAAGCGCAAACAAAGGCGCAAAAGGCGAACGACAAGUUAAGAGGGAUGAGGAGGAGCUUUAGUUGCCCUUGAUGAUGAGAACAAUCGAUAAACACGAAGGUGGUUCUUGCCUUGAACCACGCGAUGCAGAUAUGGCUCCGACGAGGUAAUUAUACAGCUCUGGAGUGGGCGGAAGGCUUAGAGCAGACGAACAUGCACUAGCUCUUUCAAAGUGCAAAUUAAAGGUACUAAUAUUUCGAAUAUAUAUGUAGCAGUAGUAGUAGCAGCACUAAUAUUUCGAGUAAAUUAGUGAGUUUUAUUUUUAAUUUUUCGAGUUACAUUCAGAGACGAAUUCAGUGUAUCAAGUUAUAGGUUCAGUUGAACCUUAUAUCUUAUGUGUUAAGUCACCAAGUACAAAUAAUAA